AUGAAAAGCAGAACAGCACAACAGAUCACAGCUUCUUUAACAGAAACAGUAGUUAUGUCAGAAUUGAUCAAUACCUUAGAAAUGGCAAUAAACGAUCCAGAUCAUGAAGUACAAUCUAUAGCUGUUUUGGCUCUUGCAGAAUUAGUCAAAAAAAAUCUUACACUCCAACUGCUUAAUACACUGCUGCACAACUUCAAGCACCAAGAUCUUAAAAUACGAAAUAGUGUUGGUUCAGCUCUUCAAGUAUCAGUCCAGAAUAAACCCAUACCUGCAGUAAUCGUCAGCUUGGUACAUGCACUAAAGGAUGAAGAUCAUCGUGUAAGAGAGCAUGUAGCUUCAGCUCUUGGACAGUUAGAUGGCAAAGCAGUCACCAUUGAAGUGAUAAAUGGACUAUUGCAAGCCCUGAAGGACAUAAAUGAAAAUGUCAGAGAAAAUGUUGCUCUGGCUCUUGGAAAGUUAGGUGACAAAGUAGUUACACAUGAAGUGAUCACUGGACUACUCGUAGCACUGAAGGACAAUAAUGAAAAUGUCAGAAAAAAUGUCGCUCGGGCUCUUGGAACGUUAGGUGACAAGGCUGCCACGACUGGAGUAAUCACCGAACUACUGCUAGCACUAAAAGACCAAGAUAAUGGCGUCAGAUCCAAUGCUGCAUGGAGCUUGGAUGCUCUAGUCUCUCAAAAAUCAUCGUCUGAAGUGAUCAAUAUGUUAAUACAGGCAUUAAAGGACAAUGAUCAUCAUGUAAGAAAGUCUGCUGCUUCAGCUCUUGGACAAUUAGGUGAUAAAAGAGCCACGAUUCAAGUGAUCAAUGAAUUACUACGACUAUUACAGGACCAAGUAGAUGAAGUGAGAUGGAGUGCUGCUGCAAGUCUUCUGGCAUUAGUUACUACAGGUACCAUUCUUAACGUGAUAAGUAGGUUGCUUCAACUGUUAGAGUACGAAGAGUAUCGGCCAUGUGCCUAUUACCUUCUUAAAGCAUUAAUGGAGGAAAAAGCCAUGCCUGAAAUGAUCAACCCGAUACUUAAAGUAGCAAAGCACAAAAAUGGUACUGUAAGAAGUCACGCAUUUUUUCUUCUUGGAAAACUCGGUGAAAAAGGAGCUACGAUCGAGGUGAUCAAUGCAUUACUGCUGAUACUGAGAGAUGGAGAUGAAGAUGCCGCAUUGAGCUUGAUAAUGUUGGUUGAAAAGAUCUCAUCGCCUACAAUAAUCAACAUGUUGGUACAUGCAUUGAAAGAUCCAGAUCAUCGUGUAAGAGAACAUGUAGCUUCGGCUCUUGAAGGGUUAGAUGACAAACUGGUUACCAAUGAAAUUUUAAGUGAACUGUUGAAAGCCCUGAAGGACAAAAAUAAAAAUGUCCGAAGAAAUAUCGCUUUGACUCUUGGAAAGUUAUGUGGCAAGGCAGCUUCGCCUCAAGUAAUUGCUGAACUACUGCAAGUUCUGAGAGAUCCAGAUCAUGAUGUAAGAAAUAGUGCGGCAUCGGCUCUUCGUGGAUUAGUAGCAACCACAGCUACAUCCGAAGUGAUAAAUGGAUUACUACAUGCUCUGAAAGAUGAAAAUCAAUAUGUUCGAAAAAAUGUCGCUUUGGCUCUUGGAACGUUAGGUGAUCAGGCUGCCACACCUGAAGUAGUCAAUGAACUACUGAAAGCUCUGAAUGACAAAGAUCAUGAUGUAAAAUUCAGUGCUGCUUCGGCUAUUGAAAGAUUAGGUGUCAAGGCAGCCACGCCAGAAGUGAUUAGUGGUCUGCUCCAGGCAAUGAAAGAACAAUAUGGUAAUGUAGGAUGGCGUGCAGCUUAUGCACUUGAGAUACUAGUCAAGAAAAAAUCAACUCCUGAAGUGAUCAAUUUGUUGAUGCAAAUAUCGCGGGACCAUGAUUUUCGAGUAAAAUGCGAUAUCAUUAGGGCUCUUGAAGGAUUAGAUAAUAAGCACACUACACUGGAAGUGAUCAAUUGGUUACUGCUUGCAGUAGACGAUCCAUCUGAUGACGUUCAACGGAGAGCAAUUUCUGCUUUAAGGCGUUUGCAGCUACAUAGUGCUGUUCUUUCCAAGUUAAAUGCCAAUAUACUGUCAAAGCUUACAACAUAUCAUUAUGUCUUCUAUAAUACACCUCUCUCUGAAUUAAUUGGGACCUAUUUGGAAACUCAGAACGAUAUUUGGCUUUCUGUUAUUUUUAAGCAAGCAUUGAAAAUGGGAUUUGCAGUGGCUUUCAUUGAAGAAAAGAUCCUGAUUUUUGAGAAUGAGGGCAUGCCUAGUGAAAUAGACAUAUCUACUUCAAAGACACGUACAGCAUCGAAAAUCCUCAUUCAAUCGUUCGGUAACCAGGCAGAAGAAUAUUGUUUGCGGUGGAACUGA